AUGGCCCACUUCUCCUGCAUCCACGUGGCAGGAGCACCGGACGAGGAUUGGGGGGUGGCUUAUUGCGACUCCGACGAGGAGUCUGAGCUUCAGCAAGAAAAGCCAAAGCCAAAGAUCCCCGAUCCCGAAAAGCCUAAGCAGCCGAAGCGCACAGAGCCAAAGCAGCCCAAGCUAGAAGAGCCGAACCAGCUGAAGCAGUCAGAGCCUGGAUCAGAGUCCAAGCCGCAAUAUGAGACCGGGUGGGAUGCAGGGUCUGGGCGAGCCUGGCGAAAAGCAAUCACUAAAGGCCGGCCAGGUCCUGUGGAGUGGUCUAAAGAUCCGGAGGUGGAUGCGAGCAAGGAUCCUUUUGAUCCUGUAGUAUGUGUCUUCUCUGAUGGGAUGACUGUGGACGUGCCUCACAUCACCCAGGAUGCUAGGUCUGGAAUAACACAGGCUGAAGAUCUUGCCGCCCGUCGAACGAAGUGCAAGCAGAAGCCGAAGGCAGCCACCGCCACGCCUGAGGCAGGCAAGGUGGGACAGUCUGACAGCACUGGCAAAGAAGAGAAGAAGGAGAGCGGCGAGGAUGCCCAAGAUCCCAGAAAGAGUGACAUCCCAUGCAUCGAGGAACUCAUGGAAGAUUGCCACGUACCAGGGGAAGGGUUUGAAACCAAAGUUCAAUACAAGAAGCAAUCCAAGAGAAACUCGAUUGUGGCUUUGUUUCACAAGGCUGACCAAGGCAAAUGGGAGCAGAAGGUGCAGGUCGUCUGCAAAGAUGAUCGGCACCCGGCAUGGGUGGCGAUGCUGAUUGUGAAGCGGAUUCAGGUAGAGCUGAUGCUGGGCGAGGUAGAUUUGCUACAUUUGAAGAUGCGUAAGGAUGAAAUAUUGGCCGCCUACAACGAUGGUGAUCUUCUAAGUCAUCUACAUGCCUGGCAAAAGAAAGCACCUCCGGAUUCGUUGUACGGUGCCAUCGCCGAUGUUCUUUGUGAUCAAGCAGAAAGCCUCCCUGUCAAGCAAAACGUCCCAGCCAAUCUGAGGCGAAGUGGUCGGCACAUUUCCGAAAGCCCUCCUGGCGACCGAGAGAAGGAGGCUCCUGCGCCGGAGCCUCCCCGUGUUCUUGGCAACCCUGACACAUGUGAAACUUUCGUUGAAGAGACUCAGACUCAGACGGCAUGA